AUAAUCAACAGAAAGACUUUGGUCACUUUACAAACCAAAAAAAAAAACGUGCUGCACCGCUAAAUGUUUGUUAAUUUGUUUAAAAACCUAAAACUAUGACUAAACAAGUUAUCUGCGACUAUUGCGGCAGCAGCAAUGAGUCGAAGACCAUAUUCUCGGCCCAAAAAUCGUUUGUGGGCUACAAGAUGCUCGAAGUUUUGCAAAUAAUCACCCACAAAGACUUGCCUGCUAACCUGGCCGUAAAAGUAUGCUUCAUGUGCGCUUCCAACCUAAUGACCACCAUGGGUGUCAUCGAAAAGACGGUGAAGCUGGUGGAUAAUGCCAGUUUGAUCAAGGGCGCCGCCGCCGCUAACAAAAACAAAAAGGCGGUGGAGGAACUUGACAAGUCAAAUGUCGAUCCCAUUGUGGAUCUCACAGCGGAGGGGGAAGCCAAGACUGCCAAACCGAAGACCACACCGGCGGGCAAGAACUUAACAAUUCGUCAGCGCAGCAAGUCGAUGGCCAGCAGACCGAGCGACCUGAUCUUUCCGAAAAGUCCGGCCCAGAAGUUAGACGAACUCAAUGCUAGUUCAUCCAAGCAGACGCCCAAAAAGCAUACAUCGCGUCUCGAAGACGGUCUCGACGACUCGGUAAGACUGACGCCCGCCAAGGAGGUGGCGCCCAACAAGAAGGUCUUUUUACAACUCUUUGGCUCACGCAAUGCCAAUGAUGCUGCUGCUCCCGAAAGCGAGGAUGAAGAUGAGGAUGAGAACGCUGCCGAUGAAAACGCUGGCAAAGUGAUUACCAUAAAAAAGAGCUUUGAUUGCAAAUUAUGCGAUUUUCAAUCGCGUAGCGCGAAGCCCUUCAAGCAGCAUCUCUCUCAAGAGCAUGGCCAGCAACGUCCACGAAUAUAUUUCUGUGACCUGUGCCCCAAGUCUUUUGGUGUACUCAAGUCCUGGAGAGUACAUAAUGAGACUGCGCAUGGUGUCACUGUAGAGGCACCGCAAAAGGAGGUUAAAGAAAAGGUGGCCAAGCCCAAGAAACAGCCGGCUAAAGCAGACUCCAAGGAAGAUAAGGUGAAGCCCAUUGAGAAAAGUCCAAGAAAAGAAAAAACCAACAAGGGGAAGGAGUUAAGUCCAAGAAAAGAAAAAUCCAACAAGGCCAACGAAAUGAAAAGUCCAAGAAAAGAAAAAUCCAACAAGGUAAACGAGAUAAACAAGGUCAACGAAGUGAUCAAUGAUGAAGAAAUCUCCGAGGGUCCGCAAUUGGCCACCAUUAGAGCCCUUAAUGGCGAGACAUCAGCCAGAAAUAAGUGGCUAGAGAAAGUAAUUAACAACCCAGACUACACAUUCGAUGUCAAUGGAUCCAGUGCAUCCACUCCCAAAGCGGCUGACAUCUCAAUGGAACUAGGCAGCGAAUUUAAGUGCGAUAUUUGUGACUCGGAGCUGACAACGGCCAAGCAGAUGCAGGAGCACAUGCAGACCGCCCAUGGUAUAGACAAACCAAAGAUAUUCAAGUGCACAGUUUGCGAAAAGAGUCUGUCCUCCAAGCAGUCCUUGAAGUAUCACAUGAAUCUUCACAGCAAUGGUAGUGGUGGCGGUGCCGAGGAGGUAAAAUCCAGCAAGCGAAAGAUUCUGCAGGAAGAGGAGAAGGAAGUGGACAUAGUGGAUGGCAAUGCAGAUAAAAGUCCAGAUCCAGAGGAUGAUGAUGAGCAGCCAACAGAGGAAAAGAUUUUGCACACAGAUGAAGCUGAAGCUGAGGUUCAAGAAAUUGCCAUUAAAACUGAAGAUGAAAAUGACUUAAUGGCUCCACCAAAGCCAGUUGGUAAGAAGCCAAAGAAAGCAAAGGAUUCUACAGCGGUCAUAAGCAUCACAGAUUCCCCCAGCAAGAAGGGCAAGCGCAAGAACAAAGAAGAAGCAUCGCUGAACGAGACCACAACGACAGUGGAUCUGCUGGAGGAGAUCAACACAAAUGUAAAGCCGCACAAGAAGGCCCGCCUGGAAUCUAUCAGUGAUUCCUUUGCCAGUUCCAUUGAAGACUAUUCUACAGCCGAGGAGUCUGUACUUAGCUGCGGCCAGUGUGGCAAGCAGGUCAAGUCCAAGCAGCGCUUGGCCUUGCACAUUCGCAAGCGUCAUGGCACCAAGCUCGAGUGUCCCGGCUGCAAGAGCAGCUACCACAACCAGCGUGACUAUGUCAAUCAUUUUGCUGUCUGCAGCGCCGGUGGAUCCCUGUUGCCCUGCGGCGUGGAGAAUUGCAAGAAGAGCUUCUAUGAAGCCAACUACCUCAGCUCGCAUCUACGCCUCAAGCAUCAGUGGGUCUAGGAUGUGUCAUUAGUUUAUCUUCAUGCCAUCUUUUCAUGCUUUUUGACAUACAUUUUAGCUUUAAUUUUAUGUUUAAUUAGUUCCAAGCCAAGAAGUACAUUCUUUUUUCAUUUUUAAGUUGAAAGUUUGAAAGAUUUAAAACAAAGAUGCUUAGGAAACAUGCAAUUUAUAACAGAGUUACAUUUUAACAUAACAUUUUUGACUAUUGAAUAAUUAUUUUGAUUUUAAAGACAUUUGUAAACAUAGGAUGUACUCAUUAAGAGUACAUAAAUCCUUUAUAAUUUUUGUUAAUAAAGAAUGACAAAAGAA